UGGGGUUCCGGUCCGAUGGACCUUCUGCGGUUCUUCCUGUGGUUCAUGGAGCGGCUCCAAACGUGAAGCUAACGCUGCAAGACCCACAGAACCGGGACCGAACUGUCCACCUCCUCAGUCGGCUUUUACCCUGAAGGACCAACCGGAAGCUCGGCCUGCGCUCCAUGCAGCUUGAGGCUGAAGCGGACAGGAUGGAGAUGUGACCAGAACCGCGCGCCGAUCGGAACCACUGCAUGACGUCAGCAUGGCUGUGAAGGCGCUGGUUCUGUACGACUUCACAGCAGAACCGGGGAACAAUGAGCUGUCUGUCAGAGAGGGAGAGACGGUGACUGUUAUCGACCAGGUAAACCCAGUGUGCUGCUAUGUCCACAGGUUCCCAUUCUCCAAAGGUCCAAAUCCAGAAGUCUUCCUAUUGGCCAGUCCACCAGCUAACAGCAGAGACAGCCUUCCUGUUUAUAUGGGAGAGGUGGGACCGGUCUGGCUCUAUCCUACGUCUCCUUUGGACUGCGUCAUCGCUGAUCCCAAGAAGGAGUCCAAACUCUACGGUCUGAAGAGCUUCAUCGAGUACCAGAUCACUCCCAAUACCACCAACAGACCUGUCAAUCACCGCUACAAGCAUUUUGAUUGGCUGUAUGAGCGUCUGCUGGAGAAGUUCGGCUCCCUGCUGCCAAUCCCCUCUCUGCCUGACAAACAGGUGACAGGCAGGUUUGACGAGGACUUCAUCCGGAUCAGGAUGGAGCGCCUGCAGGCCUGGAUGACCCGCAUGUGUCGCCACCCGGUGGUCUCUCAGAGCGAGGUCUUCCAGCUCUUCCUGACAUAUAAGGAUGAGCGGGACUGGAAGUCUGGGAAGAGGAGAGCGGAGAAAGACGAGGCUGUGGGUCCCAUCAUGUUCAGUCUGGUCCAACCAGAGGCUGCAGAGCUGGAUGCGGCUCAGGUGGAACAGACGUGUGAGCUCUACAGCCGCUUCACCCGAUCCAUGGAAGAUGGAGUCAGAGAUCUGCUGAACGUUGGACAGACUCACUGGAAGCGCUGCACUGGACCUCUGCCUAAAGAGUACGAGCGGAUCGGCCGAGCCUUCAGUAACCUCUCCACCGUUUUCGCCACCAGCAGGUAUCCAGGAGAGGAGACACUGACCAACGCGCUGACAGUGGCUGGAAAAACCUAUGAGGAGAUCGCUCAGAUCGUCGCAGAGCAGCCUCAGAAGGAUCUUCACUUCCUGCUGGAGACCAACAGCGAGUAUAAAGGCCUGUUGGGAUGUUUCCCGGAGAUACUCACUGUACACAAGGCUGCAGCAGAGAAGGUGAAGGAGGCGGACCGCCUGGUUUCUGCAGGAAGGAUCAGCAGCGGCGACAGGAAGCUGAUGAACCAGCGGCUCAGCUGCAUGAGCUACUCUCUGCAGGCUGAGAUGAACCAUUUCCAUAGCAACCGGAUCUACGACUACAACCGAGUGCUGAAGUUCUACCUGGAGCAACAGGUGACCUUCUACCAACAGAUUACAGACAAGCUGAGAGAAGCUCUGAAUCAUUUCGCCACCCUGUGAGGAUGGAGCCUGGUGAUGUCAUCGUCUAUUAACUGUCUCAGCCAAUAAAAGCCUUCGAAGCGGUUUGACUCAAUAAAAGCCUUGAAGUUUUCCUAACAAAAUAAAAGCCUCGAAGUUUUCCUAACAAAAUAAAAGCCUUGAAGUUUUCCUAACAAAAUAAAAGCCUUGAAGUUUUCCUAACAAAAUAAAAGCCUUGAUGCUGUUACUGGGUGUGAUAGGGACGUCUACCUGCUGCUGCUGAUUGAAUCUACCAAUAAAAUGUCUACCUCCUCUCUGUGUCCU